AUGCCGGCAGGAUCUCCCAACAGCUUCAACAAUGACUCGGACCAGGAAAAUACAAGCUCUCCCAGAGAUGGGCUGGAGACACCUCAAAACACUCCACAAGAGCGCUCACCGCAAGAUCGAUCACCACGAGAUCGGUCACCACCCCGUGUUCGAUUUCAAUCCUCGAAGACUUCCCUGCAAAAUGUUCCCCGUGAGCCGCCGAAAGAAAGUGUCAAAGAUGAAUGGGAGCACGCUAUGUCUCAACGGCUGCCCCAUCGGCCGACAAUGCCAUAUUCACAUGAGACCGCCGAUAUCACCGAUACGCCACUGAAAGAUCGCGAGCAACAGCCAGGCGAAGACGAACGCGAGGAAGGCAUCGAGAGGAAGGACCAGUAUGCGCGAAAAGAUCAGGAAAAAGAGAAGCAAGAGGAGGCUCAGACACCGGAGCAGCGAAGUACAAAAGAUAAAUGGCGGCACAUGGCCCACAGUUGGCGACAGAAGGCAGCGGAGUUCGGUGAUCGCCUGGGCCGCCCCCAGACCGAAGGAGACGACUUAUCUGCGGGGAAAUAUCACCCAGACUGGGCGACAGGCGGUGCAGCUGCUCUCUCCGACAUGACCGAUAACAAGCACAAAAGUGUCAAAGAGAAGCAGCAACAGCAGAAAGGAACAAGUUCCGAGGCUCAUCGCAUGGUGCGCGAUUUGACAGAAGACCAAUCACACAAACGCCGGAAAGGUCGAGGGAAGCCGUAUCCCUACGCUGGAACCGAUUUCAAACCAGAUGUAAAUGAAAGUGGAAACCUGAACUAUCGCGAUGGUGGCGGAGGUGUCCUGUCGCAGCUCUUGAAACUAAACGCUGCUCAACAAGGACAAGGAGAACAACAAGGUGCUCAAAAUCAGCGUCGCCCGUCAACCGAUUCUUCUGACACGUCCCGCAGCACCGAGACCGAGAAGCCCAAAAGACCAAAGCCAGUAAAAUGGUAUAAAAGGCCCCAGAACACGUCCACAACAACCCUGAUCGGUGGGACCGCGGAUGCCUUCAGUGGUGCAAGCACCCCUGUUUCCAGCGAAGUCCUGUCACAAGCCUCACAGCGCCGCAGCCAAGAGGUUGGUGCUUCUGCUGGGGGGCAGAGGAUGCGCCUCGAGGACGAGAUUCGAGUGACGGUACAUAUCGCCGAGAUCAUUUGUCGGCAGCGAUAUAUCAUGCAGCUCUGCAGAUGCUUGAUGCUUUUCGGUGCACCGACACAUAGACUCGAAGAAUACAUGCAGAUGACCGCGAAGGUCUUGGAGGUCGACAGUCAGUACUUGUAUCUACCAGGCUGUAUGAUCAUGUCCUUCGACGACUCAUCUACCCGUACGACGGAGGUCAAGCUGGUUCGCGUGGCGCAGGGCGUGGAUCUGGCCCGCCUAUCAGAUACCCAUCUCAUUUACAAGAAUGUGAUUCACGACGUGAUGGGCAUUGAAGAGGCGGUCCAGGAGCUCGAUUAUAUCAUGGAGAAAAAACCUCGGUUUCCUGUAUACAUCGUCGUUUUAGUGUAUGGGCUGGCCACGGCAACGGUGGGACCCUUUGCUUUCAACGCCAGACCCAUCGACAUGCCGAUCAUUUUCCUGAAUGGCAUUCUAGUCGGCCUAAUGCAACAUGUCGCCGCACCUCGCUCGGUAUUAUAUUCGAAUGUUUUCGAAGUGACAUCGACCGUGGUCACAUCCUUUCUAGCCCGAGCCUUCGGCAGCAUUUCCCGCGGGGUCGUGAACGGCAAGCCAGACUACAUAUUUUGCUUCUCCGCUAUCGCGCAAGCCUCUAUUGCAUUGAUAUUGCCCGGGUUUCUUGUCUUGUGUAGUAGCCUGGAACUACAAUCGCACCAGAUCAUCGCAGGAUCGAUUCGCAUGGUGUACGCUCUUCUCUUCUCUUUGUUCAUUGGCUACGGAAUCACCGUAGGCACAACCAUCUACGGAUUGAUGGAUGCCAAUGCCGUGUCGGACACCUCUUGCCCUCCCAAGGGCGCCUUCCAGAAUCCUUACGCCCAGCGCUUUCCAUUUGUCGCAGUGAUGACUGUCUGGUUACUGAUCAUCAACCAAGGAAAGUGGAAACAGCUACCUCCUAUGAGCGUGAUUGCCCUUUCAGGUUACAUCAGCAAUUACUUCAGCACGAAGAAACUGGGAUCGAACUCCCAGGUAGCGAAUACCGUCGGCGCAUUUGUUAUCGGCAUUAUGGGCAACUUAUACAGUCGACUGUGGCAUGGCCAUGCCGCGACCGCUAUCUUGCCUGGCAUUUUCAUUCUGGUCCCUUCUGGUCUCGCUGCGACCGGCUCUCUCAUCUCGGGUGUCCAAUCUGCGGAUGAAAUUCGUCAGAAUAUUGCAUCCGGUGCUGCGAGCUCAGAGCCCGGGGCUGGAUUGAGUUCUAGCAGUUCUGUGUUCAAUUUGGGAUUUGGCAUGAUUCAGGUUGCUAUUGGCAUUACCAUUGGUUUAUUCAUUUCUGCACUGGUGGUUUACCCUUACGGCAAAGCGCGAAGCGGUUUGUUCAGCUUCUAG